AUGUUAGCUUGUCCUAAGCCCUUGUCCUAUCGUUCUCCUGCACUCCUGCGCUCGUGCGGUCUGUGCGCGUGCUCUCUAGCUCCCUUGAACGUUGGCGGUGCCGCUGGCUCUCUGCCCGGUGUCCGCCUGGCGGCUUGGCUGAACGACGGCCAAUCCGUUGUCGGUGUUUUCAAGCUCUUGCACCUCAGCGACGACGGGUACUUAGCGCUUACGAGCCGGAAGUUGGAGGUGUUGGAGGACUACAUUGCCUUGUUCAACCGCGAGAAAUCGGCUGAGAAAACGUUGCUCGCGACGUUAACGGCGGGUUUCAGCGGAGAAAGGAGAUUGGCGGAGCUGCUUGCUGUCGCGAAGGCGAACGGCUUCACGAAGCUGAAGGCCGAGGAAUUCGAGUCUGCGCUAUUCAACAAGUGGCUGGGGCUUGGUCAGAAACCGGAAACCAUCUUGAAGAACUUGAAGCUCGAUAACAACGUGAAGGGCGCUCUGAGCGACUUGAACCUGCAGACCCUGGCCAACUACAUUUCUGUCUUCAACAAGAAAUACCCGGUCAACGAGGCGUCUCUGCUGGGGACGUUCACAGCGCACUAUGGCGAAGAUAUUGUCGCGAAGGGGCUGGUGUCUGCGAAGAAAGGGGUGGCUGCGAGUGGGAAGUCCGUGGACGAUGUGGACGCUUUGCUGAAGAUCAAGCAGGAUGGACUUGCCGCCUUUGUCAGCCGGAAGCUGGAUACGCUAGAUGAAUACAUCAAGCUGUUUAACAGCAAGAAAUCUGCCCACGAAUCCUUGAUCGGGGUUUUGGCUACAGCCUUCGGUGGCAAGGACCAAUUGGCGGCUACGCUAGCGGCUGCGAAGCGUAAGUAA